AGCAGAGAACCAAUUUAGUAUUCGAAUUUCUGUUGAAUUGUGUGGUUGUGUUUAUAUUGCCUUACGUCAUUUUACACGUGGCCGUGUUGUAAAGGUUUUGUUCCGGAUUUCGAUUUGUUCCGACUCCGAUUGGCAACAUUAGCACGCCUAAUUUAGACUUGGAUAACCUUAAUUCGGUAUUAAACGGUAUCAUCAAGUAGUAAAGAUGGGGGAGCGAAAAGGUAUGAAGGGUCUGGAACUGUGGUGCAAGAAAAUGACAGAAGGGUAUCCAGGAGUCAAGAUCGAGAAUAUGACCACAUCUUGGCGAGAUGGCCUCGCUUUUUGCGCCAUAAUUCACCACUUUAGGCCAGAUUUGAUAGAUUUCGACAAAUUAAAUAAAGACGAUGUUUACCACAACAAUGAAUUAGCCUUCAGGGUGGCUGAACAUCAUUUGGGCAUCCCUGCUUUGCUUGAGGCCGAGGACAUGGUGGAAUAUGAAGUACCCGAUCGACUGUCGAUCUUGACCUAUUUAUCUCAGUUUUAUCAGGCCUUUGAGGUCACGAGGGGCAAAUCCGGGGCCCGAAUAGCACCAAAAAGAGCACAGUCGUCUCCUGAUCAUGGAAUCGUAUCUCCUACAUCCACAAGUCCACCCACGAAGAUAGCGAUAACUAAUGUAGGUAGAGCACGUAGAGAACCAUGCGCAAAAUGCGGUCUGCCAGUAUUCAUAGCAGAACGACUAAACGUUGGAAAACUACUGUAUCACCGAACGUGUUUUCGUUGCGCACGUUGUAACUCGCAGCUUACUCUGGCCAAUUAUUACGAAACCGAAAAUGAGGAAUUCUGUUGCGAAAUAUGCCCAGACGAAGAAAAACAGAUAUCUAAGAAAAUCUCACCCGAACAUUCGGUUUUGACUCGCUCCAUGAGCGAUGAGGAAAAAUCAGAUAUCCUGCAGAACAAGUUAGAUAUGCUUGAUGCAUACAGCACACACUUUGAAACGGCGCUUGAAUUUCCCAUUGAUGGCGAACUAAAAAAAAAUUUCACUCUUACGACUGCGAGCAGUUCGGAAUAUAGUAUAGCUAGGUCUCAGUUUUUUAAAAGUCAAAUUGAAAACUCAACGUCUGGUUCCACUAGUGAAGACGAUAUUCCGCCGGACCUCCCUAAAACUACUCCCCCGCCCGUCAGUGCGAGUGGUUCUUUCUUAAGCAAAAACUUAUCGGUUAAUAGUGACAGUGGUUUUCCUAAUAAUAAACAUGACAGUAGUUCGAAUAGUAGUAUUAGUGUAAGUAAAAAGGCGGACGAUGAUUUUGUUACCAAAGAUAAUUCAUUCAGCUCUAUCGGUUUGGUCAGUGCUAGAAUGAAGUUAUUCGAAACUAGUAAAGAUAUUAAAAAGUCUGAAACAAUUAAGGAAGUGCCUUCAGCAUCAUCACAGCGCAAAGUUGCAGCAGUUAUAACUAUGCAUGAUCUAGAAGAUUUUGACAAUAUUAGCAAAAAAGAUGUUGAAAUAGAUGGAGGUCUCAUUUACAACGAGAAUAUUUCUGGACGUAGGUUACCAGAUAGCGCAGCUUCCCAAACUAAAUCAAAUAUUAGUAAAGAAACAUGUUUUGUUGACCAAAUUAUAAGUCAACACGAGCUUGAUGAAAAGCUAAUUGAGAACAAUACAAAUAGUAACAACUCAACUAAUGAAACUAAGUUCGUUAAUCGGGAAAGAGAAGAAAAAUUAAGUAUUGUUGCCUCUAUCGUUCAAAGAGAAACUAGUUUCGUUGGUCAAGGAAUUAUGCAAGUUAGAGACGAUAUUGAGCUGCAAGACAGCAAUCAAGAUAAUGAGGAUGAAGCUAAAGGAGAAUUAGGUGGUACAAAUGAAGACAUUAACGUAUCUGCGAGAAAAGACAUUUCCGAUUCAGUAAGACAUAUUUUGAGUAGUUCAGAUUCCGUGAUAGAAGUCUUAGACAGCAGUGAAGAAAAAAGUACACGAAUUGUGGAACAAUCCCUUCACUUCCCAGCUUCCAACGAUACCGUAGUCUCAAUUUCGGAUGAUUCAGAUUUAUCAACUCGUGGCGAAGUUUUUUGUAAAACAAAUAACUCUUCCGACCAGAUAUCAAAAAUGAUCCGAUCUGAAUCCGCUUUACCGUUAGAAACGUCGUUGGUGUCUGAUAAUUCCAAUACGUCUGUUAUUGAACAAACCCCAGAAAAACAAUCACAAAAGGAUACUCAAGCUUCGCCAAGCGUUUGCUUACCCGAAGGCCCAAAAUAUCCCAAAGUAUUAAAUCCAUUUGGUGACGAAGAAGAAGAGGCGCAAAUCGAGCCAUUUACUCCGGUUGCUGCGGUUAGACCCAAAAAGAAAAUUCAUCCAAAUUCUAUAGAGAGAGAUAUAGCCAGAGAAUUAUAUACAGAACGCAUCAGCUUAAAUCCAUUUGGAGAGGAAGAAGAAGCGCAAAUCGAGCCACAUACUCCGGUUGCUGCGGUUAGACCCAAAAAGAAAAUUCAUCCAAAUUCUAUAGAGAGAGAUAUAGCCAGAGAAUUAUAUACAGAACGCAUAAGCUUGAAUCCCUUUGGCGAGGAAGAAGAAGUGCAAAUCGAGCCAUUUACUCCGGCUCCUGCGGUUAGACAAAAAAAAAAUAUUCAACCAAACUAUAUAGGGGGAGAUUUAAGAGGAGAAUUAUGUAGUGAACGCAACAAUCUGAAUCCAUUUGAAGACUGCCAGUUUGAGGAGGACGUUGUUGCAACCAAACCAGUCGCCAGCCCAAGACGUAGAAAGAAAAUUACAAAUCUUGGUGAAACAUCGAAUAUUAAUCCAUUUGAAAGUGAUGACGAAGAGAACAUCGUGCCUGUACUCGCAGGAAAAACUAGUAGGACAUCGCAUUUGUCGCCUCCUGCCUGCCAUCAAGAGCCUAAAGUACGCGACAACCUAUCAGUGACGAGUAAGGGCAGUCACGGCGGGUCUAAUUCGUCUAUAUCUAGCGGUAGCGCCAUUGGAAGCGCUAGAAAGAAGAAACCAGCACCUCGACCGCCCAUACCGUUCCCUGUGACUACAACUCGAAAUAUAACACAUCGUAAAUCUAAAAGGGCUCCUCCCCCACCAAUUACUUCAACACCUGCGGUCAACAAGCAAGACUUUGAUAAUAAUCGACGUUCCGAGGUUCUACUUUCUCCAGUGGCUGGGGAAAACAAUUCUUUAAGUCUUGUCAACAAUACUGAAGAAAAGGAAGAAGGUGCAGAGUUAGAAAAAAUUGUCAAAGACGAAGAAAACAGAAAUAGGCAAAGUCAACAGUUCGAAAAUGUUCAGAUUCCAACAUAUGGCGAAAACUUGGCAGUGCCAAACAAAAGUACUUAUGGUAAAUGGAAGAGGCGGAAAGGUCAAGCGCCAGCUCGCCCCAUCCCAGAGCGUCGAAUUAUUAAAUCUCUGCCCAUGUCUGAGAUUCGCAGGGAGUUGGAUACAAUUGAAAUUCAACAACAGGGUCUUGAAAAACAAGGUGUCAGAUUGGAACAGAUCAUUAGAGACAAAUGCGAAGGGAAUGGAACCUUCAAUUCUGAUGACACAAUACCAAUCGAUGUAGAAGAUCUAAUACUUCAACUCUUCGAGUUAGUCAAUGAAAAGAAUGAGCUUUUUAGGAGGCAGGCAGAACUUAUGUAUUUGAGACGGCAACAAAGGCUAGAAGAAGAACAUGCCGACGUGGAAUACCAAAUUCGGUGUCUUAUGAUGCAACCAGAGGCAAAUAAAACUGAUUUUGAUAAGACCAGGGAAGAAGCUCUAAUCAAUAGGUUGAUCGAAAUUGUUGAAAGGCGAAAUGAAAUAAUUGAGUGCUUAGAAAUGGACAGAGUUCGUGAAGCAGAAGAAGAUGAUAGUAUCCAUAGUCAGCUAAAUCUGUACAGUUUAAAAAGGGAAAGUGAAAAAGAAACAAGAAACUUGGAGAGUGAGAACAAGAGCAAAAAGGACAAAAAACAUAGAAAGGAAAAAAGGUUCAAGAUUCAUCUGCACAGACACAAGGAAAAGGGACAAAAAAUUGAUGUUGACAAAGACGUUGAUGAAUCAGAGAUUAGUACCUACACAUUGGAAAAAAAAUCGAAGAAGAAGUUUAAUCUCUUUUGAUUUA